AUGGGUAAGAAGAAUGUAGCACCCGGCGGUGAGGCUGGUCCCAACACCAUCUUCAAGGCUCCAGCUGAUAAAUCAUCAUCUAUAAGUCCCGUCUACGAGAUGCUCUGUCGAGAUGUCGCGGUCAUGCGAAGAAGGUCCGACGCGUAUCUGAACGCGACUCAGAUCCUCAAAGUGGCAGGAUUCGAUAAACCACAACGUACAAGAGUGCUAGAAAGAGAAGUGCAGAAAGGUGAACAUGAGAAGGUUCAAGGUGGAUAUGGAAAAUACCAAGGUACCUGGAUCCCCAUCGAACGAGGUUUAGCAUUAGCCAAGCAAUACGGUGUCGAAGAUUUACUACGACCCAUUAUCGAUUAUGUCCCUACUGCCGUAUCCCCUCCUCCAGCUCCCAAGCAUAGUGUCGCACCACCUACAAAAUCAAGGAAAGAGAGAGAACGCAAGUCGAACAAAGAGCAAGGUACACCUUCGAAGACUGGACCAACCUCCGCAGCAGCACUACAAGCUCAAGCUCAACUCGCUGCGGCCGCUUCAGCAUCAGCUUCUCGUACCACCCACCGAAACCAGGAAUCUACUCCUGAUAUGGACACUACGAUGCGAUCGGGAGAAGUGGAAGAGACCCCAUCCGGUUCACCUGAAGAUGCAGAUUCGUCGAGUCAGACGCCCAGUCCUGUAGCCUCGGAAGUGGAAUUAGGUGAAAGUAGUUUACACAACCACCACCACCAUCAUCCGUCGAUGGAUGUCGACGGUAUGCAUAUGGGCCUUCCUCUAGGCGUUCAGAUGAACCUGUUACCCCAGAUGGAAACGUUAGAUUCGGUAUCGCGGAAACGAAAUGCAGCCACGAUGAUGAUGGAUGAAGAUCAACAGCAGGAGCAAGAUCAGUAUUCCCAAUUACGUAGAAUACGGGGUAAUUCAGCCGUACAUACCCCUCAAGGGAGUCCAAGGAAUUUGGCAAUGGGGUUAUUACCAGCUUCAAGUUCUGGUUCAGGUGGAUUACAUCAUCAACAUCAUCAAGAUGAUCUUUCAGCUCCUUCCAUAGGUCCUAAAGAAUAUACCGAGAUGAUAUUGAACUACUUCUUAUCGGAUACACCUCAAAUACCACAAGUUCUCGUAUCACCUCCGCACGAUUACGAUCCAAACAGUCGAAUUGAUGACCAUGAUCAUACGGCUUUACAUUGGGCGUGUGCGAUGGGCAGAUUAAGAGUGGUCAAAUUGCUCUUAACGGCCGGAGCGUCAAUAUUCAUUGGUAACAAUGCUGAUCAAACUCCUCUAAUGAGAAGUGUAAUGUUCGCCAACAACUAUGAUAUACGGAAAUUCCCCGAACUUUACGAACUAUUACAUCGAUCGACGUUGAAUAUAGAUAGACAGAAUCGGACGGUAUUCCAUCACAUUGCCAAUUUGGCUUUGAGUAAAGGUAAAACUCACGCUGCGAAAUAUUACAUGGAAACGAUUUUAUCUAGAUUAUCGGAUUAUCCACAGGAAUUAGCGGACGUGAUCAAUUUUCAAGAUGAAGAUGGUGAAACUGCCUUGACGAUUGCUGCCCGAGCCAGAUCGAGAAGAUUGGUAAAAGCUUUAUUGGAUCAUGGAGCUGAUCCGAAAAUCAAGAAUAGAGAUUUCAAGUCUGCUGAAGACUAUAUAUUGGAAGAUGAACGGUUUAGAUCUUCACCUGUUCAACAGACCAAUGGCAAUGGUACUGGUGGUGGUUCUUCAAGACAAUUAUCUGGAGAAACAAAGUUGGGAGAUAAUAAAGAGAAAGAUAAAGAUAAAGUUGUUUUCGCCCCUCAAUUGUAUUCUAGUGAAGCUGCUAGAUUAACCGGAGGAAGUGCAUUACAAGAUAUCACGAGUAACAUACAGAGUUUAGCUAAGAGUUUUGAUAACGAGCUGAAAUCGAAGGAAAGGGAUAUACUUCAAGCUAAAGCAAUGUUGACUUCUAUACAUACCGAAGUGACCGAGACGAACAAGUUGAUUUCGACACUGAAUGAGAAAACGUUAUCGAUCGAAGAUAAGAAAAACGAGCUGAAUACGUUGAAAAAGAAUUUGAAUAAUAAAAUUCAAAAACAGUUGAAGAAAGGGUUUGAAGUUUGGUUGAAAGAUGAAUUGAACAGAGAGAAUGCGUGGAAAAAUGGUCAAUCCCCCGCGGCAGAUUUGGAUGAAUUGCAUAAUUUACCUGUGGGUGGACAGGAGGUGAUUCAAGCUGAGGAAGAAAGGUUGAGGUGGGAGAUUGAAGAGAAACGAAAGAGGAAGAAUGAACUGAUAGAGAAGUUUGUGAAAGCGCAGACGGAGGCUGGAACAAGCGAACAGAUCGCAAAGUAUAGACGAUUGAUAGCUGCAGGAUGUGGAGGAUCAAAAGUUGAAGAUGUUGACGAGCUCAUGUCUCAGCUGCUGGAGGUGGGUCAAUGA